AUGCUCGACUUGAUCAUACGCAACGGCCGCAUCGUUACGGCCACCGAAGUCUUACCGGCCGGGCUCGAGAUUGGAGUCAGGGAUGGCAAGAUUGCCGUCAUUGGUCUUGGUCUCGACGCGGGUCCGGACACGGAAAUCGUUGAUGCCGAGGGGGCCUACAUUACACCCGGUGGGGUGGAUUCGCACGCCCACAUUGAACAGGACAACUCGCCCACCGGCGACACGUGGACAACAGGCUCGCGGUCGGCCAUUGCCGGUGGCAACACGACCGUACUGGCGUUUGCGUCGCAGCGGCGCGACGAGACGCGCUUGGGGCCAUGUAUCGAGCGGUACCAUGCCAAGGCCACCGGCAACAGUUACUGCGACUAUGGGUUCCACGUCAUUGUCACCAACGCGACCGACGAGGUUCUGGACGAGGACCUCCCGCGUUUGGCGCGGGCUGAUGGGGGCGGCAUCACCAGCGUCAAACUGUACAUGACGUACGCCCCACUGCACCUUGGCGACGGCGACUUGUUCCGCAUCAUGCUGGCCGCACGCUCCCUGGGCGUCACCACCAUGAUCCACGCCGAGAACCACGACAUGGUCGAGCAGAUUAUGCAGCGGCUGGCCGCACGUGGCCAUACCCAGACACAGUUCCAUGCCGUAGCGCGCCCGCAGAUUGCCGAGACCGAGGCAACGUACCGCGCCAUCAGCCUGGCCGCCGUGACCGACGCACCCAUCCUGCUGGUGCACAUGUCUGCGCCGGCCGCUCUGGAGCACGUGCGGGCCGCCCAGGCGCGGCUGUUGCCCAUCCAUGCCGAGACGUGUCCGCACUACCUGUACUUGACCAGCGAGAAGCUGCACUCGCACGAUCGUGACGGUGGUCAUGACGGCAUCGACGGCGCCCAGCACAUAUGCGCACCGCCGCUGCGACACGACAAGCGCGACCUCGAGCAGCUGUGGGCCGAGCUAGCCAACGGCACGUACACGGUCGUCUCGUCGGACCAUGCGCCGGCGCUGUACGACCACCCGGAGGGGAAGAAGCGAGGGAUCACGGCGGCGGGCCACGUCGACUUUCGCGUGGUGCCCAACGGCCUGCCCGGCAUCGAGACACGCCUGCCGCUGCUCUUUGACCGGACAUACGACCCGGAAGUCGGGCCGCCAGCGGCCGAGGAUGCGCCCGUGCACAUUUCGCUGCCGCGGUUUGUCGCGCUGACUUCAACCAACCCGGCACAGCUCUACGGGUUGGCGCACAAGAAGGGGAGUCUGCAGCCGGGGCUGGAUGCGGACAUUGUCGUCUGGUAUCCGGCGACGUCGCCGCCCUUUACAAUCACCAACGCGGCACUCCACCACCGCAUCGACUACACCCCCUUUGAAGGGCGCGCCGUCUGCAACUGGCCGCGCUACGUCUUCCUCCGCGGCCGCCGUGUCUGGGACCGCGACCACGGCGGCGUGCUCGGCCAGCCGGGCGACGGACAGUACUUGCCGCGGACCAAGUCGCGCAUUCUGACGGGCCAGCCAGGGCGGACAGCGGUGGGGAUGGGGUAUGGCGAGAGGAAGGCGUGGAUGUAG